AUGAAAUAUAUAAUUAUAUAUGUUAGUGAAGGUAAUUUAAAUUUUAAAUAGAUUUUAGUUAAUAAUUUUUUUGGUUGGUAAUAGAGAGAAUAAUAAAUAUUUUAUCUAAAUAUAAACAUUUAUAAAAAUCUUUUUAUUUAACUAAAUUAUUGGAAGAUGUCUGGUAAAUCAUAAAAGUUUAUAAUAAGAGGAAUCAUAAUAUUCAGAACAUCCAGGAGGUUGGAUAGAAUGGUUUUGUGCACAUGAGGAUCAUUAAUUUUUAUGUGAAGUUGAUGAUGAUUUUAUUCGGGAUCCUUUCAAUUAAAUUGGAAUCAAAGGGAAAUUUAAUUUCUUUAAGUAUUGAUGUCAUUAUAAUAUCUAGUGAAGCUCUCAACAUGAUUUUAUAGCCUACUUCUCCAGAAGAUUAAGACUUAGAAGAUGAAAGGUUUUCUUAUAUUACAUCAAAAAAGAUUUUUAGAAGUAUAUUAGGAGGCAUCUGACAUUUAUGGUUUAUUUCAUGCUAGAUUCAUAUUUACAUCCAAAGGUUCAGCAAUCAUGCGUGAAAGAUUUUUAUAAGGAAAAUUUGGUCAUUGUCCUCGUAUUUAUUGUGAAAAACAGAAUGUGAUACCUAUUGGACUUUGUGAAGAUCUUAAAACUGCUAGAAUUAAAGUUUUUAUUAUAAAAUUAUUUAGGUUUUUUGCCCAAGAUGUGAAGAAGUUUACAUGCCAAAAAAGAAAUGUGCUGAUAUAGAUGGAGCUUAUUUUGGAAAAUCAUUUCCUCAAUUCUUGUUAAUGGUUAAUCAAUUUUAUAAUUUAAUUAGACCUAUCCAGAUCUUCAUCCAAAAUUUUAAUUAUUACCAGAUACUUAAAUCUUAGUUGAUUUUGAACCAACUUUGUUUGGAUUCAAAAUAGCAGGUAAAUAAGGUAGCAAAAUUAAAAGAUUUGAAUAAUCAUUUUAAUGCAAUCACGUUAACACAUAACCCAUCAUAUAACCUAUUGAAUAAAACAUAAUAUAGUAAGAACAAAAGUAAUAUAGAAUAUAAAUAUAAUAAUAAUAACAAUAACUAACUUAAUAACAAAAUCAAUAAUAAACAGAUUAAAAUAAGGAACUAAUACAAAAGAAAAAGAACAAAAAAAAACAUAAAUAAUGAAUUUAGAUCAAUUUGGG